AUUCGGGGCCCCUCCCUUUUGUCUUCUACCGCCCAACCACCGCUGCCCUUCUUCUUCCCUCCGCUCUCCUUCGCUCCAUCCUCUCUUAUUUCCUCCUCACACUACACUCCUCCCACUACCCCUCCACUGCCAAUCACUGCUUCAUCUUAUUCUCUUGCAAGAAAAAAAAAAAAAAACGAAACCAUGAGGCGGUCCUGGCUCCUGUCCAUGGCAAUGCUUGCCAUCGCAAAGUCGACUUGCGCAGCUCUAGACCCUAUUGUCGGCACAGCAUCCAUGCGCGUUCUCGACCCUGCGAGCAACGACAUGAUGCUCGCUCCUGGCGCUAUGUCUCUUGCCAACCCGCUCCUGGCAGCACCUAAAAGACCUGAGGACUGUCCACCCUGCUUUAACUGCAUGCUCGACGCGUUCCCUUGCUCGCAUUUCGCACCCUGCAAUGCCUACGAUGGCCGAUGCACCUGUCCCCCUGGAUUCGCCGGUGAUGACUGUUCUAAGCCAGUCUGUGGAGGACUAACAGAUGGAAGGGACCGACCCCAGCGUGGGGAUGAAAAGUCGUGCAAGUGCAAGGACGGCUGGUCGGGCAUCAACUGCAAUGUCUGCGCAUCAGACCAUGUCUGCGAUGCACUGGUCCCCACUGGCCAAAACGGAACCUGCUACCAGGGCGGCCUCACUGUAUACGAGAGCUUUCAGCAGUGCGCUGUCAUAAAUCAAAAGAUCGUGGAUACCCUCGGCCCUGACAAACCGCCAGCUAUCACAUUUUCAUGCAACAAGCAGAAUGAGACCUGCGACUUCCAGUUCUGGGUCGCCGAGGAAGAGUCUUUCUACUGCCAUCUGGAUGAAUGCACAUUUGGACAAGAGGCAAAGCACAACGAUCUUGUUACGACCUACAAGUGUAAAAACAUCAGAUGCUCAUGCAUUCCUGACAGGAUGCUUUGCGGGAAGGAUGGAAGCGUCAAUAUUGACGAUUUCCUGGAAGAAGAAAUCCGUGGUCCUGCCGAUUUUGUUUGCACAGAAGACAAGAAAUGUACCUUUGAAGAACCGGCCAUGAACGACCUGAUUGAGCAGAUGUUUGGAGACCCAGCCAUCUAUUUGAAUUGUUACAGCGGAGAGUGCUUGCAUUACACGCAAGUUCCUGGGUAUACUCGCCCACCUCGCCCAGACUACACGCUCGCUAUCAUCUUGUCCGUCGUCGGUGUUUUUGUAUUCCUCAUUGGCCUUGGAGUCGCUGUUUGGUACCUGUCAAAGAAAUCAGGAUCCUCCGGUAGCGGAUACAUUGCUCUUCCGGAUGAUGAGGCGGCAAAACUCAUGGCUGAACAUACUCCUGCGACAUUGAUGUUCAAGGACAUGAGCUACAUUGUUGGAGGCAGAGAAGUGGUCAAACAAGUCAGCGGUGUCGUCAAACCUGGACAGCUGAUGGCUAUCAUGGGCGCUAGCGGCGCUGGAAAGACCAGUUUGUUGGAUAUUCUGGCGAGGCGCCACAAGUCCGGUGUUGUGAACGGAAAUAUCUACGUCAACGGACGAACUGUUUCUAGCCAGGAAUACAAGCGAGUUGUUGGAUAUGUUGAUCAGGAAGACACGCUCAUGCCCACGCUGACUGUGUACGAGACAAUCCUCUACUCUGCAUUGCUUCGUUUGCCGCGUGACAUGUCCUUUGACGCAAAGCGAUUCCGUGUGAUGGAGACCAUGUCAGAGCUGGGCAUCUUGAGCAUUAAGGACAUGAAAAUUGGUACUAGCGGUCAGCGUUCGAUUUCUGGUGGAGAGAAACGUCGAGUAUCGAUUGCAUGCGAACUGGUCACCUCUCCUUCGAUCUUAUUCUUGGACGAGCCCACCUCUGGACUCGACUCUUACAACGCCUAUAAUGUCGUCGAGUGCUUGGUCACUCUUGCCAGGACUUACAACCGAACGGUCGUUUGCACGAUUCAUCAGCCCCGGAGCAACAUCUUUGCAUUGUUUGAUCAAUUGGUUUUAAUGGCCAAGGGGCACCUCGUUUACUCGGGAGAGACCAGGAACCUGAGCGGACAUCUGCAGAGUUUGGGCCAUGCUUGCCCUGAAGGCUUUAACAUGGCGGACUACAUGCUGGAUUUGACCAUGUACACCGGAAACCCCCCGAAAGCUGCCAGCAGAGGUGCUGUCGGCGAGGCUGAUAUUCAGGACGAAGACGAGCAGGAUGAUCAGCCGAACAGUACUGCCCAUGAAAUCUCGAACAAUGCUAGCCCUUCGUUCACUCGUGUUCCGAGUAUUAUUGACGACUCUCUUCAGUGGGAGAGUGAACUCGCCUCUCGGGAACAGGAUCGUACGAGAACCAAUGGGCAGAACGGCGCUGGAGCUCGACUGGGUCUUGGUGGCGAUACAACAAUCGGAAUCGACCCUAUUUCGUCAGGCACCAGCGACAGUGGCACCCGUAGGGCACCUUCGGAUGUGGAUGAACCGGAGGUAACAGGAGCGCAUCUUCAGUCUCUUGUCGAUGGCUUCAAGCAAAGUCAUAUUCUUUUGGACGUGGAGCAGCAGAUCGAGUCUGCUGUACAGACCAAUCGCGCAGGAGAUAACACACCUGGAUCGAUCCACAGUGGCGUGAGCUCGGGCAAGGCGGUUUCGACGUACAGACGGGCCUCUUGGUGGAGUCAGUUCAAGAUUUUGGCGGAUCGAACUCUGAAGAACAUUUACCGCGAUCCGAUGCUCAUGCUCUCGCAUUAUUGCAUGUCUGUGUUUUUGGGUCUGCUCUGCGGCGCGUUGUUCUACAAGGUGACGAACGACAUCCCCGGAUUCCAGAACCGGAUGGGCGUGUUCUUCUUCAUGUGCGCGCUGUUCGGGUUCUCGUGCCUGUCGAUAUUGCCGUCGUUUGCGCAUGAGCGUAUUCUGUUUGUGCGAGAGCGAGCGAAUGGAUACUACUCGCCGUUGACGUAUUAUCUGUCGAAGGUGCUGUUUGAUAUUGUGCCACUCCGAGUAAUCCCGCCGAUGCUGAUGGGAUUGAUCAUUUAUCAUAUGGUUGGGCUGGUCGAUAAGUGGCUCGAGUUUGGAAAGUUCUUCCUGGUCCUGGUGCUGUUCAACUUUACGGCCUCGGGAGUUUGUCUGAUGAUUGGAAUUAUGUUUGAGGAGGUCGGCGUCGCGAAUCUGAUGAGUAGCUUGAUCAUGCUGUUCUCGAUGCUCUUUGGCGGUCUACUACUGAACAAAGAUUCCAUUCCUGCGAAACUGGCUUGGCUGCAGAGGCUAUCGUUCUUCAAUUUUGCAUUCGAAGCCUUGUUGGUCAAUGAAAUCAGGUUUCUCCAGCUGGUCCAGAAGGAGUUUGGUCUGGACAUUAAUGUUCCUGGAGCUGCGAUUUUGUCAACGUUUGGGUUCAACUCGGGCGCAUACUGGAAGAAUGUCCAGGUCCUGGGCAUUAUGGCGAGCACUUUCUUCUUUCUAGGAUUUGUCUGGCUCCAGUUCCGGGUCAACGAGAGACGAUAGUCAUGCUCUUUUCGACAAGCUGUACAUAUUUGUUUGAAGUGUUUACCAAUCGUAGUCGUACUAAUAAACAUCACUUUUUUUAAUCGUG